GAUUAGAAAAAAAAAAUCAUAUAUCAUGUUAAGCUUUUAAUCGUGUUGGAUUUCGCUGGAAAAAACACGCGACUGAUAACAUGGGUAACCAUGGUAACAGGAAGGUGGCGUUGCUACUGACACUGUAUUCACUGAUAUUGACUGGAAGUCGUGGACUAAAACUUGGACCGGAUAUUGCAAAGGUUGACGAGUUAGCCACAAAACAGAUGAUUGCCUCCAUAUCUGGUCUUAUGAGAAACCUCGCAAGAUUCACCGAGAACAGAAACAGCAUCUGUGUCGAUGAGAUUAAUAGAAUUCGAAACGCUAUCUGCGCCAAAUGUGCCGGAACUCCUGUUGUACCAUCUCUCUCUGAAAUAAAAGAAAAUCUUAACCGACCUUUAACAAAGCUGUUAAGCCUCUUCUUCGAUGUGCUGGACGCUUUAACACUAGAGAGGGUGGAACAAGUCGGAGAACGUAAAUACAUGAUGGAGGAAGAUUUCAGGAUCACGGCUAAGCAUCUAAAGGCAGCAACUAGGCCAGAGCUGGGGAAAACACCAGAAGAAUCAAACCGUAUCUGGAAAAAUAUCGAUGAAAAACUUGAGAAAGUCAUCAAUAACUUCAAAGCCGUAGGCAGCACAACAGGAAGACGGCGUCGAAGAAGGCGAACCAGGACCGGUGUGAUCAGGACGUGCUCGCACUGUGCGAGUUUGGACGGCGUUAGUACAGCGGAAUACAUAGACAAAGUUUGUGGACCAGCUUCGCUGAGUGUUGACAGUGUGAUGGGAUACCUGGAUAAGUACAGAGUGAUAUUUAAUACCACAUUCGGAUAUUACGAUCCAUUCAUUCAAGAGGUGGAAUUUGAUGAAAGCACUGUAUCGUAUCAGCUAGCCCCCUUCAUCUUUCAGGCCGAAAUCAUAAGUUAUAAAUACAGGAUCCAGGACACCGUUCUCACCCAAGAGUCCAUAUCAACGCCUCUAUACUUCAGCAAUUUGAAUACAACAGCCAUCGAUCUUGCUAAUGAAAUCUUGCAGAAACACGCACUGUAAAAUUAAUUAUUUUUGCGGGAAUUUGAUAUUCGUUGUUUUGUUUUGAUUUGCACCAUGUACGAGAGAAACUGAAUUACAAGUCUUAAAACUGA